UCCUCCUCUCCCACCACCGACCUCUCAUUUAAAUGUCUGUGUGCAGGCUGCAGCCGGCACUGCCUCGGCGGCCGCCGCAGGAGACCCCCGCCCCCCCCCCGGCUGUGCCCCCGGGGGCCAUGCCCACGCACAGCACCGCCCGAGAGCCGCGCUUCAGCAGCCUGGGGUGACCCCAGCCCGGGGAGGGGGGCUCGGUGCCGGGGGACCCGCUGCAGAGCAUGCCAGAGCCCCCGGGGCGCUGAGCCGGGCGGGGACAGCGCACAGCGCACAGCGCACAGCGGAGGGGUCCCGGUGGAUGGACCCCCUAAAGCCGGGCCCUCCAUGUCGGCUCCACUGCUGCUCUGGGUCAUCCUCCUGGGCCGGGCCAGCGGCGGGGGCAUUCCGCGGGGAGGCGGCAGGACGUGGCAGCACUGCACAGACCUGCGCCCGCUGGACAUGCUGUCGGAGGCGGUGCCGGCCGCGGGGCUGGCCCGGGGCAUGCGGGUGUUGCAGGUGCAGGGCGUGCGCGGCUUCCAGCUCUCCGCAUCGCGGCCCCGCGCCCUGGGCUUCCCCGCCUCGCGGCUCUUCAUCCACUGCGACCGCUUUCCCGAGGAGUUCUCCAUCAUCGCCACGCUGCGGGCGCUCCGCGGCCCCGCCAAGAGGAACGAGUACAUCUUCACGCUGAUGGGGGACGAGAGCCCCGGCGUGCUGCUGGGGCUGCGCUACGCUCCCGACAAGCUGCACUUCCUCUUCUGGAGCCCCGAGCGCGCCGGCGGCUGGCAGACCCGCGUCACCUUCCCCAACGUGUCCCUCGCCGACAGCCAGUGGCACACGCUCGUCCUGGCUGUCUCCGGACACUCCUUCUCGCUGACCGUGGACUGCAGCGUCCCCAAGGAUGUGGUGGUGGAGACGCCGUUCCCAUCCUCGCUGUCGGUGAGGAGAGCCAGCUUCUACCUGGGCAACCGGCGGAGGAGGAAAGGCGUGUUCACAGGCUUGCUGAGACAGCUUGUCCUGCUGCCGGGAGCCGAUGCCACCCCUCGGAUGUGCCGCGCCGUCAACUUCAAAGCAGCGAYGCUCUCUGUCCCCAGUGUCCUGCAGGAUGCCCCUGCCAAGCCCGUGAGCAACGAGGUGCUCAAAUACCCCUACGAGACAGACAUGAAGGUGACGCUGGGGGCCCGUCCACGCUGCUCCAAGCAGCAGAAGGCGCAGUUCUGGUUCAACGCCUCCCGACGAGGGCUCUACCUGUGCAAUGGCAGCGCCUGGGUCUCCAUGCUGGAAGUCAAGCACAGGCUGGACUACGUGGAGGAGCACCAGAACCUGGUGACCAACUCGGAGACGAUGGGCAUCGAGGUGUUCACCAUCCCCAGGGUGGGGCUGUUCGCUGCCAUGGCCAACMGGGUCACCCCGCCGGGCUCGGCCAUCUACCGCUGGACAGACGGCAAGUUUGUGCACUACCAGAACAUCCCCACCUCCCAAGCUCAGUCCUGCAAGUUUUUCACCAUCGGGAAGAAGAUCUUCCUGGCAGUGGCAAACUUUGAGCAGAACGAGAGGGGUCAGGAGUUCUCUGUGAUAUACAAGUGGAGCCGCAGGAAAGCGAAAUUCAUCGCGUACCAGCGGAUCACCACGCACAGCGCCCGGGACUGGGAGGCCUUUGUCAUCGAGGGAGAGGCUUUCCUCGCCGUGGUCAACCACAGAGAAGGGAACAACCACAACAUCRACAGUGUGAUAUACAGGUGGAACCCCAGGACAGGGCUGUUUGAAGCCAACCAGACCAUUCCUACCUCGGGAGCCUACGACUGGGAGUUUUUCACCAUCGGGCCCUACUCCUUCCUGGCUGUGGCYAACACCUUCAAUGGCACAUCCACCAGGAUCUACUCCCACAUCUACAUCUGGCUCAGUGGCUCUUUCCAGCUCUUCCAGUCCAUCCUGACGUUUGGCGCUGCCGACUGGGAGGUUUUCCACAUUGGGGACAGAGUGUUCCUGGCCGUAGCCAACAGCCACAGCUACGACAGUGGGAUGCCAGAACCCUCCAACUUCUAYGCCAUCAACUCCUCCAUCUACGAGCUGAACAUCACGGCCCAGAUGUUUGUUAAAUUCCAGGAYCUUCUCACCUACAGUGCCCUGGACUGGGAGUUCUUCUCGGUGGGAGACGACUCUUUCCUGGUGGUGGCAAACUCCUUCGAUGGCUUCACCUUCUCCGUUAACAGCAUCAUCUACAGGUGGCAAGGCUACGAGGGUUUCGUGGCAGCCCACCAGCUCCCCACGGUGGGCUGCCGAGACUGGGAGGCGUUCCACACGGCCGAGGGCUCCUACCUGUUCUACUCCAGCGCCAAGGAGCCGCUCUCCAAGGUGCUCAAGCUGAAAACCACCUGAGGCGGCUGAGACACGCUCGGCUCGGCGCCAGGAGCGGGGCGAGCUGGGCAUCCGGGUGAAGAUGGACACAGAGCCCAGGAAUGGCUGCAGCAGCAGGGCAGGGGCUGGCUGGACACUCUGCRGGAAGGGAGGAGGAGGAGGGGGACGAGGACGAGCAGGGUGGAGCUCCAGCCUUGUCCAGGGGCUGUUUCUCCUGGGAAAGCUCUGCCACCACGCUCCAGAGCCAAGGUUCCCAGAGCCCAGGGGCAUUCCUGGCUAGCAGGACCGUGACGCUUGGCAAUUUGACCCAGAGCUGCCGGCAGCUGUGGCCAAAGCUUGCACAAAGCCAGGGAAGGAAGAGGCAGAGCAGAGCAUGAGCUGCUGGGGCACGAGCAUGGCAGAGGGGAGUAAAUGUGUGAGAAACUGGGGGAAAAGCGGGGUCCAGGCGUGGCUCUGCCUGCCUGGGGCUGUGAUGUUCCUGAUGGUUGGACAUCACAGCCGUUCUUCUGYUCAUCUUUGGUGGCCUUGCCACC